UAUACACAUAUAAACACUCAAAUGGAUCCGAGGUUGUUAAAAGCAGCUCAGAAAGGCAACGUGGGUCUACUGAAUGACCUGAUUAGAAGCAAUGCACUCAUCCUCAAGGAGGCGGCUCUCCAAGGAGCCGGCCACACGCCGUUGCACGUUGCCUGUGUCGCUGGUCAUUCGAAUUUCAUCCGAGAGCUCCUCAAGUUAAUGCCGAAGCUCGCAGAGAAGGUGAACGCGGAUGGUUUCAGUCCAUUGCACAUUGCGGCAGCUAGAGGUGAUGUUGAGACUGUGAGGGAGAUUUUAAAAGCGGUUCCGCCUCAACUCCUAUGCCUUGUAAAGGGCAGGGACAGAAGAAUCCCUCUGCAUUAUGCAGCUGCAAACGGGGAGGUCAGCGCCGUAAAGGAAUUGCUUUCUGCUUCAUCUGAGUCUGUUGAAGAGACGACCGCCCGAGAGGAGACGGCGCUCCACCUCUCCGUGAAGAACAAUCGGUUCGACACGUUCGUCGUGCUGGUGGAGCAUCUGAAGCAGCACAACAAGGAGCAGGUGAUCAACUGGACGGACAAGAAGGGCGAUACAGUCUUGCACCUUGCUGCCGCCGCCAAAAAUUUUGAGGUGGUUGACUUCAUGCUUAGUGGGCAUGCUCUCAAGGGCGAGGUCAUGGAGGUGAACGCCUUGAACGAGAGUGGCUUAACCCCUCUGGAUGUCUCAUCUCACUCUGAUCGAGAGAUUAGAGAAGUCCUCAUGCGAGCCGGAGCCAAACACAGGCAACCAAACUUGCCCUCUUCAGAAAUAGUCCAGGUGGAUGACCACGAAGGUUAUCAAUUAGUUAUGAAACCUGCUGUCGAAAAUGAUCAUCCACCACAAAAAGAUUCAAACCAAGGACAACAGUCGCAGGACAAUGAACGCAGCGACCUGCUGGUUGUAGCCGGGCUCAUAGCAAGCGCAACCUACCAAGCCGUGCUUCAGCCUAUAACCCUUUUUAAAAAAAUCGAAACUCAUACAAAGAAAGGCUUCCCUGCAGCAAUCUUAUCUUUAUGGGGAAGUACCAUCGGGAGGAAUUGGACUUUAUGUUGCUUCCUGAUCACCAACACGUUCGGAUUCUUCUUGUCUGUUCUGAUGAUCUUUCAUCUCACCAAAAAACUUGCCAAAAGGCCUUCAUUGAAGUUGCUGCUGAUGAUCUCCAGUUUCAUGAUGGUUUGUAGUUACGUUAACUGCAUGGCAAACGUGCCGUCCAGGUCGUUACUGGAUGAACAAUACAGUCCUCUGGGCCACAUAUUGAUAUUACUAUUGGCGAUCCUGAUACCAUGUGCUCUUCUAUUAUGCACAGUCUGGAUACAGAACAAGCUAGACUGGAUAUCGGAUAGAAUAGCCCGAUAUCCGGAAGCUGCAAAGAUAUUCUCGCCCAUAUUAACAUACUUAGGUGUUAUGGACAGUCCACAAACAAGUAGUUCUUGUAAAAAAAUGAUUGUUGGCUGCAAAACUAUGGACUUGUGGAGAAAAAAAUUUCUGAAGAGAGGCUUUAUUCUCGAUUCUGUGUAUUCCUUACAAGCAAUACAAUGA